UCAUCCUCAGCUGCCAUAACGCAGACCAGGAAGAACCAAGGAUGUGACGCUAUUCUUACAUGGUACACAGUGGUUGUAUUUUACAUGAUCAUAGCUGGGAUUUUGGCUAUAAUUCUAACCGUAUAUUCGAAACAAAAACGAAGUGACUGCUGUUGAGAGAGCGGUAAGAGAGGCAGGAUGAGUGGGGCUGCGCUGGGCAUUGAGAUAGUGGUGGUGUUCUUCCUGGCUCUGUUCCUGCUGCAUCGCUAUGCAGACUUCCGUAAGCAGCAGAGAAUGGUGCUGUUUGGCACCUUGCUGGCCUGGUACCUGUGUUUCCUCAUCGUCUUCAUUCUUCCUCUGGACAUCAGCACAACAAUCUACAAGCAGUGUAAGAUUGAUCAUGAGGAACAUCCCGCUGUACUCCCUGUGAUCCCACUGCUAUCCAAUCAAACAGCAGGAAACUCAACUAUGGCCACUGCCACUAAAAGUGUUCUAAAGGUGUGUUACAAGCCAUGGAGCUACAUUCCAGAUGGAAUCAUGCCUGUGUUCUGGAGAGUUGUUUACUGGACCUCUCAGUGUCUCACCUGGCUGCUGCUGCCCUUCAUGCAGUCCUAUGCACGCUCAGGGGGCUUUUCCAUCACUGGGAAAAUAAAGACUGCACUGAUAGAGAAUGCCAUUUAUUACGGAACGUACCUGCUCAUCUUCGGCUCACUGCUUAUCUACGUGGCCGUUCAUCCUCAGUGGCACCUCUCCUGGUAUGAGCUGCAGACAAUAGGCAUCACUGCAGCCAACACCUGGGGUCUGUUCCUGCUGGUGCUGUUGCUGGGUUACGGCCUGGUGGAGAUUCCGCGCUCCUAUUGGAACGCCUCGCGGCGGGGACACCUGCUCAUCAAGACCUACUUCAAGGCAGCCAAGCUGAUGACGGAGAAGGCUGAUGCACAGGAGAACCUAGAGGAUGUCAUGGAGGAAGUGCGAAAGGUCCAAGAAUCCAUCAAGUACAACCACCCAUUGAGGAAGUACAUCGAUACUGUUCUUAGAAAGUGCCCUGUGGACUACCAGGAGAAGAUGGGCAGAAACAUGGAUGACUAUGAGGACUUUGAUGACAAACAGAACACCUAUCCGAGUGAGAAGAGCCUGGUGAAGCUUCACAAACAAGUAAUUUACGCAGUGCAGAGACACAACCGGACCCGUGUCCAGUGGCUGAUCCUCCUGCAGCAGGCUAUGCACCUGGAGGACGUGGCCAAGAAUGAGACCAGCUCAGCCCACCAGUUUGUCCGCAGCUUCCCCUCCACAGAACCAACUAGCUGGCUCAGCCGAUACUUUUACACUCCUACCGUAGAGUGGUACUGGGAGUGCCUGCUGAAACAUUGGUUCUACCGGCUGCUGGCUGUGGUGUUGUCUCUGUUUUCUGUGGCCGUGGUGUGGUCUGAGUGCACCUUCUUCAGCACCCGACCCGUCCUCUCCCUCUUCGCUGUCUUCAUCCAGCUCGCUGAGAGAGACUACAACUACUUGUACAUUGAGAUGGCGUGCUUCAUCACCAUCUUCUUCCUGUGCACCUGUGUUUACUCCACUGUGUUCCGGAUCAGAGUGUUCAACUACUACUACCUGGCCUCACACCACCAGACUGACGCCUACAGCCUGCAGUUCAGUGGCAUGCUGUUCUGCCGUCUGACCCCUCCUCUGUGUCUGAACUUCCUGGGUCUGAUCCACAUGGACUCUGCUAUCUCCCACCAACAGAAGGAGCAGACUGCCUACACCUCUAUCAUGGGUUCUAUGAGGGUCCUAUCGUUCAUAGCUAAUGGCUUCUACAUCUAUUACCCCAUGCUCAUAUUGCUGCUCUGCAUCGCUACCUACUUCAGCCUGGGCACCCGCUGUCUGAACCUCCUGGGCUUUCAGCAGUUUGUGGGAGACAAUGAAAUGACCUCUGACCUGAUCGAUGAGGGCAAGGAGCUCAUUCGGCGAGAGAAAAGAAAGCUCCAAAGGAUUGAGGAUGGAGAGAACCGACGAAGGGAGUGGAAAGAGCGCUAUGGUAACACCCGGGAAGACACCGCCAGGAACAGGAUUAGAAAUGAAGCAGCAGAAAUGACAGAGACCAACUACUCCGAUACUGUCCCUAACACUAGACAGGCCAAGUACUCUCGGACUGGCAGAGGAACAGAGAGAGACUCUAUAGAACUUCUCCAGGACGCAGAGCCUUUGGACUUCAAUGCAGAAACCCUUUCAGACGACCCUCUUGAAGCAGGUUCCACCAGACAUGUACCAGGCAGGUACCUGUCCAUGUCCUCGUCACGGAGCAGAAUCUUUGAUGACGUUUGAGAGAAGUAGAGAGGGGAAGUCGAAGGAACAGGAAAGCUAGAAACACACAUUCAUUUUCAUCCUCCACUUUUCAGGGAAGACCAUACGAAGGAGAGACGCUCUCUCAACCUCUGUGAAUGUAGCACAUGACCUCUAUCUCACACUACACUGUUGGCCUGAUGUAUCUGCUACCCUUCGUUUCCAAUAGCUUGUCGCCUGUCAGAACACUCCAGUGGCUGUUAAUAUACACUUCCCCAUUAGGCAGAUGGUUGUCCUCCCAGUGCCAGCCAGUGUGCAUCAUGUCAUGAAUGCAUGAACCUGUACCCUAUUUGGGCUUAUCAUUGUUAAUCUGUUUUGUUAUUUCAUUUGUUACUUAUGUGCAUGAAUUUCUAUUAAAGGUCCUCUGUUCAUUUGA